GGAGCAACAAAAACCACGCACGUUGCUCGAGACUUUUGCUGCGUGCUUUGGAAACAUGAUAUGAAUACGGCGGCGACUUUCCUGCAUCCGAUAAACGCGUCAAUCAACCCGCGCCGCCCGCGCGACCCGACAUCAUGGGUCUCUGCCAAUCAUGCCUAGGACGGCGCCAGAAGGACGUCUACGAUGAGAGCGAAGAGAAUCGGCUCCUGUACGAUGAUCCAAACGGGAUGCAGUACGGCAGCUUUGGCGACGCCGCGCUCAAUGGAGAAGGCGACACUGCAGAGGUCCAGCGAGAGAACGAGGCGCUUCAGCGAGUAGUCGCAAAGACAUCCAACAACAUGGUCGACAUCUUCGAAAUCGCUCCGCAAGACUCUACCGGCCGAACUUCAACGACGACGCUAUUCGCUUACGCUGGCCAAGGUGCUCGUGUGGCACGCUAUCACCAUCUCGUAUCGAAACUCAGCACGCAUGAGGACAGCCCUCCUGCCGGCAUCAAAGUUGACUGGCUUGCCGACGAGGAUGCGAGCGAACUACACGGCGAUCGCCCUGCCAGCCUAAGAACACUCGACGAUGACGAUGCGGCGCUUGUCGGGACCUUUGCAGAUGCGGCCGCGGCCAUGAAGUGAAUUGUGAUUCCUCGGUGUUUCUUUGCCAAUAAGACAUGACGGGUGAAAAAUGGUGCAGCGGGGUGUCAGGUGGACAAAUG